AGACUUUUCAUAAGAAUGAGAAAGAUUAUCAGUUCAAAAGAUAUGAAAAGAAAGAGAGAAAUUAUGGCAAAAGAAACUGAGAUUAAGUCUUUUAUUCAAGAGCUUUCUUUGCUCACAAAAAUUAUCAACAAUGAUAAUAACAUUGAUUGUUCGAACUCUUCAUCUGUUGAUCAUGCUGCUGUUUCCGAAGAACAACAACGUCGUGUUAUUUCCUACAUACCCACGAGCUCGUUUCUAUCUCUUUGUACCUUAAUCGUUCAAGUUCUAGAUAAGAUAGGGCCGACGAUGGUUGUGCUGAAGCAAGACAUUUCUAAGAACAUUCAGAGAUUGGAGAUGCUUUGUGAUUCUGACCCGGCAACAUAUUCGAAUUUGAUAGAGAUAUUAAACAAAGAAGCAGUUGAACGAAAUGCCAAAAAGAGUAAUAGUUGUAGCAAAGCUUUGCUUUGGCUCACCAGGUCCUUGGACUUCAUGGGCUCACUACUUCAACAUAUUACAAUCGAACCAAGGGAAAAUAUGGAACAAAUUGUUGGAAACUCUUAUGAGAUGACCUUGAAACCUUGGCAUGGAUGGAUUUCAGCAACUGCUUAUAAAGUAGCUUUGAAACUUCUACCUGAUACAAAUACAUUUAUAAGCCUACUUAUGGCCAAAGGUGAAAACUUUGACACUCUUAGAGAUGAAAUCCAAACUUUAGUUUCAUUACUCGUGCCUCUCCUACAACAACUCCAUUCCACUCUUGACUUAUAUGGACUAGACAGGCUAAAGUCUACCUAAGGAAAUUUAUCAAUCGAUUCGACAAGCAAAUUAAAGAAGUAGAAUUUACGUACUCAUGUACAUAUUUACCAAAGUUGUUUAGAGAUCUUUUCUACAUCCUAAUAUCCUGAGAUGUAUCUUUCAAUUCGUUAGUUGCUAAAUUAGAAAUAGUGUGUGUUUGAGAGGUUAUGUAGGUCGGUACGAUUCUACAUUUUAUUUGUGUAGAUCGUACUCCAUGUUAGGGAAAAUUCAAGUUCUUUUUUUUGGUUUUAAAGUUGUCAUUGUUAAUGUUUAUCUCAUAUAUAUACCAUUUGUUAAUGGGGUUUUUGAAUCCUACAAUGUGUGGGAUUUUUAUGUUUGUUUGAUGAGAUGUAUGUCAUAUGAGACUACGAGUAUAAAAUCUGUGUGACCAUUGUAUGUUGUUUCUAGAUUGUUGUAUAUAAAAUAUAUUGUGGUUGUCUA